GAAUCAAUGCUGUGCUUCAACGUUGAAAUGAGAUUGCGAUUUUUGUCCAAGUCAAGGUUGAUCAUCUCUUGUAAGAAAUUUAGAGUUUGUAAUCAAACUCAGCUGAUUUUGUUGAAUUAUUUGUUACCAUGGAUGCACCACUGUCAACCAGAGACUAACAACAGUCAAGGCAGUGGAAACAUCUAAUCUAUCUGAAGAUUUAUUUUCCACCAGGACAAUUAACCUGUACACAAAUCUGUUGUCACCAUGACUACAGUGCAUGACUGUGGCUUUGAACUCCUUGAACAUCCUCCAUAUUCAACCUAAUUCCUGUGUUACAGCAUUGCCAUAAGCCAGUAUUAAGGCUGUCAUGACAUUCUAAAUAUCUAGAUUUUUUAACAGAAAGGCCUCUUCACUGUCAGCUGAAUGUAAUUAGUUGUGUGGAUAGUAGUUUUCCUCUGUUGUUGUUCUAGACAUAAGUCAACAUAGAAAACAAGUUCUGAUAAUAUCCAGCAUACUUUUGGUAGUUGUCAUGCAGAUAGUGAAUCUUUUUUUAUUUUAAUAUACAUCAUGAUACAUCAUAGAUUCUGUUCUCCGUGAUGUUCACUUCAAUAAACUGGUACGCCGUGAUAUAACUGGAAUACUGUUAAAAGCGGCGUUAAACCCAACUCACUCACUCACUCAAUAAACAGGUGGAGCGAUAAAGAAUGAGACAGCUUCUAGAAAGCUAGUGACAGCCAUCUGUCCUCCAUUGUGAGUGAAGUAGAAUGAAUAAAGAAGCAACAACACGAUAUGACUAAGAAGUAUUCCCAUGACAAGAGGCCAGAAGUGGGACGGAUGACUUUCUGGUAUCUCGUUUGAUAUGGAAGACAUCACAACCAUAGAGGUUUGACGAAUACUGCACGAAUACUGGUUGCAUACAACGAUUACCAUCAGGUACUGGCUUGAUCAUGCACAAGCUAUGGAUACCUUGGUUCCUUCUGUACCUUAGGCUUUACGAGGAAGCAUCUGGUGCCAAGGACCAUCACCAGAGAACUGCCAAUUUUAUCGCACCAUUGGCCAUGUUGACUUAUACCUAACCAAGAGGGUACACUUAAGGAACAAGGUAGGGGAGGAGCGAUAUCUAUACAAGCCAUGGUUCGUGGGUGUCCUUUGGACUGCACGUUCAGGGCUGGUCACCAUGGGACUCCAUUGAAUCACUGUUGUCAAGAAGACCAGUGGUCUACUCUGGAUCAUGGAUAACAACCUUGGUGGCUACCAGGGGACAAAGACGCAUCGGACUCCGAGGGGGGGCCUACAUCCCAGAGGCUUGAAUGUCCGGGAUUGUAUGGUUCAUCAUCAUCCACUACUAAGAUGUCCAAAACUUCCAUGGCCAGGCUUCACGAAACAAAUCAUCACUUGACCUCGUGAGGGCCUUAAUAAAUUGAAGGGUGAUGAAAGGUUUCCACUACCCCAAUUGAAGAAGCAAAUCUACGAGACUCAUGAGAAUCCAUUCCCUAAUGUCUCUUCAGUUGAUAAGGAUUACUUAAAGCUGGUGAAGUUUCCUGACAACAAGAUGUCGUUGCCUACAUGAAGAAACAGGAUUUGGUGUCUGUUAACAGACAGAUGAUGGAGAUCGGAUUUACAUCAAUUGCUUUGUGACAUGAGUUUGCCAUGUAAUACCCCUAUUCAGGAAACACAUAUGCCCAGUGAUACACCCCUCUCAAUGAUGUUGAACCAAGUAGGCUAGCCUUGUCUGACAGGACGUUUGCAGAUGUUGUCUGAGUUAAAAUACAAAAAAAGUCAGGGAACCGGAACAUUGACUCGUUUUUUCUGCCACAUCCAUCAUAGGCACCGCAAUAGCGGUUUUCGUUGAGAUUGAAAGUACAUCAUGUCCCACCUUUGUUUUUUUUCCUCGAGUGUUCUGAAAGAUGAAAAGCGAGAGACUAAAGUGGUGCAUAGCGAGCUACAUGUGCAAAGAAUAUUAUGGAUGUAACAUAUCACUGAGAGUAUAUUUUUAUGAACCGGUGAAAUGACAAGUCUCCAUCUACUAUAUGAAGUGUUAUCCCAGCCAUCUUUCCCAAUUCGUUGCAUCUGGAUUGAUGUUAAAUUGCCGGAAAGAAGUGAGGGUUUUUUGCCUUGCCCAUGCACAGAGCACAGUGCAGAGGUAAACUAUUAUCCACAUUAUUUAUUAGGAUCAGCUGAAAGUGAAGUGGACUUCUGUUGGAAAUCAAAAAGGUUUUUUUAGUUUGUCUGUUGACAGUCAAAAUACAGGAUUUAGGCAAAGAGGUUUAUGAGUGAACACCAUAACACCCACAAGUUAAUAAUGGAAGUACAAAGCCCACCACAGAAUCCAGGCUCUGAAACAUGUGUUGUCUUGGACAGUGAGAGAGAUUUGCUGGAAACAGAUGAUCUCAGGAAAAACACUGUUUCUGACGUGAUAGAAACAGGUGAUAUCAAGAAACAGGAGGGAAUCAAGCCUGAUCAGUGUGUUGUAUGUGGGAAAGAGUUUAAAUGUUCAAGUAAACUGAAGGCACACAUGAAGAUUCACACUGGAAACAAGUCUUAUCAGUGUGGUGAAUGUGGGAAACAAUUUAGACAAUCAUAUAACCUGCAGAGACACAUUAGGAGCCACAGUGGAAUCAAACCUCAUCAGUGUGAUGAAUGUGGGAAAGAAUUUUCAGAGUUAGGUAGCGUGCAGAGACACAUGAGGAUUCACAGUGGAAUCAAGCCUUAUAAGUGUGUUGAAUGUGGGAAAGAAUUUGCGCAUUCAGAUAGCUUGCAGUCACACAUGAGGAUUCACAGUGGAAUAAAGCCUUAUCAGUGUGUUGAGUGUGGGAAAACAUUUACAGAGUCAGGUAACCUGCAGAGACACAUGAGGGUUCACAGUGGAAUCAAGCCUUAUAAGUGUGUUGAAUGUGGGAAAGAAUUUGCAUAUUCAGAUAGCCUGCAGUCACACAUGAGGAUUCACAGUGGAAUAAAGCCUUAUCAGUGUGUUGAGUGUGGGAAAACAUUUACAGGGUCAAGUAACCUGCAGACACACAUGAGGAUUCACAGUGGAAUAAAGCCUUUUCAGUGUGCUGAAUGUGGGAAAGAAUUUUCACGAUCAUGUCAUCUGCAGAUACACAUGAGUAUUCACAGUGGAAACAAGUCUUAUCAGUGUGGUGAAUGCGGGAAACGAUUUACACAAUCAUAUAACCUGCAGAGACACAUUAGGAGUCACAGUGGAAUCAAGCCUUAUCAGUGUGUUGAAUGUGGGAAAGAAUUUUCAGAGUCAGGUAGUCUGCAGAGACACAUGAGGAUUCACAGUGGAGUCAAGCCUUACAAGUGUGUUGAAUGUGGGGAAAAAUUUACAUAUUCAGAUAGCCUGCAGUCACACAUAAGGAGUCACAGUGAAAUCCAGCCUUAUCAGUGUGGUGUGUGUGAGAAAACAUUUACAGAAUCAUGUCAUCUGCAGACACACAUGAAGAUUCACAGUGGAGAGAAACCUUAUCAGUGUGUUGAAUGUGGGAAACAAUUUGCAAAAUCAGGUGGCCUGCAGAGACACAUGAGGAUUCACAGUGGAAUAAAGCCUUAUAAGUGUGUUGUAUGUUGGAAAGAAUUUACUGAGUCAAGUAACCUGCAGAAACACAUGAGGACUCACAGUAGAAUCAAGCCUUCCUAGUACUGGUAGGCACAGCAAAGUUGAAUCAGUGUUAUACUUCAUCGAUAUUGAUAUUUUGGUCCAGAUCCAGGUCCAUUAUCACUCAUGAGAAUUUAGGCUGCUUUGAAUCAAACCCAGCUGUUUUUGUUGAGCAAUUUGUUACAUGGAUGCAUCUUGGGCUCACCACCAUCAGCCAGAGACUAAUCAGUCAAAGCAGUGAAAUGUCUAACGUCUCCUUUGGGCAGCUUAGUGGCUAAAACGUUCGCUUGUCAUGCCAAAGAAAUGGGUUCGAUUCCCAACAUAGGUAUAUUGCCAUAUUUUGCUGUAAUAUUGCAAAAAAGAAUAAAAGAAUAUGAAGGCUUAAUCAUGUUAAUGUUGUAUUCCACCAGGAUAAUGCACCUAUAAUCUAUAAAUCUGUUGUCGCCAUGACGACAAUGCAUGACUGUGGCUUUGAACUCAUUGAACUUCUCCUUAUUCCCCCAAAUUCCUUCAAACA